UCGCGGGCGCACUUCCGGCAUCGCGGGCGCACUUCCGGCGUCGCAUCCGCCCGCAGUGAGGGACGCGGGGCUCCGUGCGCGUGCCAUCGGCACCAUGUUCCUGACCGCCCUGCUGCGCCGCAACCGCAUCCCAGGCCGGCAGUGGAUCGGGAAGCACCGGCGGCCGCGCGCCGUGUCCGCCUGGGCGAAGCAGAACACGCUCCGCCGCCUGGAGACCGAAGCCGAGAACCACUACUGGCUGAGCGCGCCGCACCUCAGCGCCGAGCAGGAGCACGGCCACGCCGCGGCGCGCCGGGCGGCCGCAUUCCAGGCCAUCAAGGCGGCCUGCGAGGCCAACUUCCCCCCGCACCGGCGGCUCGUCGACCAGCUCAGCCACCUCAACGUCACCAAGAAGUGGUCCUGAUGCGGAGCCGCCGUCCCGUCGCCACCUGGUCCGGAACCAGAACACGCGGGCCUUUGGACCCGGCUCCCGGAGCGGCCCGCGAACGUGCGCGCGGCGUGUGACUCGUCGCCCCGUGGGCUCGGGAUAUGACUCGUCGCCUCGUCGCCGCUGGGUCGUGUGUCUGUACUCUGCGAGGCGGACUCCGGGUCCCAGGUGGUGGGAAAUGUGUUUGCGGUGAAAGCUGCAAUAAAGCUGCAAAGCAUGUUUUGGGGUCUGUGUCUGGGGCCCUUGGGGUGAGUUGGCGGCGUGCCGUCCGUCCGUCAAUGAAAACGUGAGCCUUUCAGUUACACAUUUCUAAAAAUAGUAUUACAAAAAAGUUUUUUCUUUUUCCUCUGAGAUUUGGUAUUCAAAGUGGACAUUUAAAUAAAGCGAAGUGUAUUAGAACAGA